AUGGAUUAAAAACCAGAAUAACAAGUGGAGGAAUAAGUUCAAAACAAAGCACAAUAAAAAUAAUAAUAAGGAAAAUAAUAACCCAAAGAAAAACAAUUAGCAGUCAAAAAUCCAAAGGGAACAAGAGAUUUCUUACCCCAAUAAAUGGUGAUAAGGAGACAAGCUUUUAAAAUAAUUACAGACGUAUUCGAGUAGCACGGAGCAGUUGAAAUUGAUACUCCCGUUUUUGAGUUGAAAGAAACCCUUAUCGGUAAGUACGGUGAAGAAGGAGGAAAAUUGAUAUAUGACCUUUAAGACUAGGGUGGUGAAAUCCUGUCUUUAAGAUAUGAUCUAACAGUACCCUUUGCCAGAUACCUAGCCACUCACGGAUAUAAGAAAUUGAAAAGAUAUCACAUUGGAAAGGUGUAUAGAAGAGACAAUCCUUCAAUAUAAUAAGGGAGAUUCCGUGAAUUCUUUUAGUGUGAUUUUGAUAUUGCUGGAGAAAAUGAUCCCAUGGUGGCUGAUGCAGAGUUAAUCAAGAUAAUUGAUUAGAUAUUUACUAAGUUAGAUUUAGGACCUUUUCAAAUUAAAAUAUCUAAUAGAAAAUUAUUGGAUGCCAUGAUCUAAAUUGCUGGAAUUCCUAAGACUUAAUUUAAGACCGUAUGCUCCAGUAUUGAUAAAUUGGAUAAAUAACCAUGGAAAGAGAUCAGAUAAGAAUUGACUGAGAAAAAGGGAGUAACUGAAGAAUAGGCAGACAUCCUAAGCAAAAUGGUGUAAUUGAGAGGAGAACCUUUCUAAUUGAUUUAACAACUCAAGGAAUAGAAGAUAUUUGAAUAAUAGGGAAAAGAAGCCUUGGAUGAAAUGGAAUUGCUAUUUAAUUUGUUGAAGUACAUGAAUGGAUUAAAAAAUGUGAUCUUCGAUCUCUCCUUAGCAAGAGGACUUGACUAUUACACUGGAUUAAUCCAAGAAACUGUUUUAUUAGGAGGAUAAUUAGGUUCAAUUUCUGGAGGUGGUCGUUAUGAUGAAUUAGUAGGUAUGUUUUCAAAAAAUAGUAUCCCUUGUGUUGGCGCAUCAAUUGGAAUUGAAAGAAUUUUUGCUAUUUUAGAGGAAAAGUAUAAGAAAAGCGGAGUAGUGUUGAGAGAAAAUCAAUCAGAUUGUGUAGUUGCAACAAUCCCAUCUAAAAACAUUGAUAUGAAUGCUGAGAAAUUCAAAAUCUAUGAUUUGUUAUGGUCUAAUGGUAUAAAAGCUGAUGUCUGUUAUAAAUUAAAUUGGAAUUUGGGUAAGUAAUUAACUUAUGCAAAUGAUUAAUAAAUCCCGUUUGCAAUUGUCAUUGGAGAAGAUGAAGUCAAAUAAGAAGUUGUGAAAUUCAAGGAUUUCGUUGAGAAGAAGGAAGAGACCGUUAAUUUGAAAGAUCUAGUUUAGUUUAUUAAAUAGAGAGUUGGAAAAGAGUAAUAUAUGUUAUUAUUGUUAAUCUAUUAUUAAUGUUAAUAAUAUAAUAAUUUCAUAAUAAUGAAUGGAAAGUAGCAAUUUAUCCAUUAAAUUACGGAUGAGUCGAUUGACUUAAAUGUUGCUAAAGACAUGCUCUAGGAGGCAGUAAUUGAGAAUCCAAAGGUUCUUGGGGAGAUUUUUGAAUAGAAAUUAAAUAUGCAUGCUCUUUGUAUUUUGCAUUCAACAUUGAAGGAAUAUACUCCUCUUUCUUCUUUGAUAGCAGAAAAAUUCCUCAAUAAGAAUAUUUAUGCUCAAUCUUCAAUCGUUAGAAUUUACUAUUCUUAUUUGUAAAAGACAGCAUCUGUACAUGAAUUAUAUCAAGCAAUUAAAAAUAACAAAGUAGAAAAACUGGACAAUCCAUAGAUAGUGGUGAUAACUGCUCAUAAGGUUUAAAAUUUAUCAAAUGUUGGGUUUCAAAUACUCACACUUUAUACACCUGCUUUCAAAAAUAUGCAAAUCUAAGUCUAUGAUGAUGUGUACGAUUAUGGACAAUUUGUAAAAGAUUAAUUUAUUCAUAUCAUAGGUAUGACUAUUAAAAUAGGCAUAGAUAGUUAUCCGACGUUUUCAUCAUCAGCAACAAUCAGUUUAUAUUAAAUUUAUAACGAUGUCCUAAUCUAAGACGCAGAAUUAAACGAUUUCAGGAGGUGUUGUAAAGAUGACGCCCUUAGAGAACCUCUCAAAUUAAACAUAUAAGAGAGCCUAUUAUCAGAUUUCUUGAGUCUUUCUUCAUCCCUUAUGCUUGUUAGUGCAAAUACACUCAGACCCCUCAAUAUCCCAACCAAGCUGUUGCCUUGUGGAGGUCAAGAAUAGCAAGUAAUGAGAUAUUACAAGAAAUUUUAUUCAAUUAGCUGAUUUAUAUUACAACAUUAGA